GCAUAAAGGCGAAGUCAGUGCUCGUGUCGGACAAACAUCAAGCUUGGCACCGGCGCCCAAGGGUUAUAGGAGUCUCAUAUGUACAGGAUAUGACGAUACGCAUUUCAGUGUUGUGAACGAGCCGUUUUCGUCCCUGUAGUCCUGACGCUUUGAAGAAAGCCAUGAUGACGUCAUGCAGAACCAGAAAAACCAUUUGUUUUAUGACCACGUUGUGCUUUGCUGCGGCAUUCCAGACCACGCAUGCUUCCCGAAAUCCUUGCCCGAAACCUUCGGCUGUCGAAAUAGUGGACGUCGGCUAUGACUACGUCACUUUCGAAUGGAAUGCGACUGAGUGAGUUUUCUCGGAAGUUUCUGCUCACGAACCUCCAAAGCCCCUUGCACUGCGCAUGUGGCUUUCCGGGUGUCUACUCGGACGUCUGUUCCGUGGACACAUAUCCCUCGCAUUGCAGCAAAAAUUUGACUGGCCGCGCCACAGCUGUGCUCAACCUGACGCCUGGCUACCGCCACACCGUCUGCGUGCAGACACAGUGCUCCGCAACGAAUUUUUCAAGGCCAUUUUGCAGAGAGUUCUACACCUUGUCUGCAGAGCCUUUGGAAAAUUUCGUGGACUUGGCCAUAUUAGUUAACAGCCCCACACAAUUGCAAGUCUCUUGGAGCACUUAUGGGGCUGGUGACGACGUAGUGAAACGGUAUGAACUCACGCGGUGGGAGCGUAGCCCCCGCCAAGCCAGCGCUCCUGCCACCAGCAAGUCCACGGCAUUCACCAAGGAAACGUGGAUGACUCUCGAUGGGUUGGAGCCCCACACAAGUUACGCAGUCCAGGUGGUCGCCAUCUGCGAAAACGGCAACGUUACGACGCGACGCCCAUCGGCAAUCGUGUCGGCUACCACCAAUCCCGAAGGCCUCGUACACGUCUCUGACGUCACCCUGGCAACAAUCAAUCCGAGGCCUUUUCUAUGCGACAUUACCGUAGCAUGGAAGGUGAAGGCCGGAGAUCCGGAGGCACUCGAGCAACACGAAUACCGCGUCACGCUGUGCGUCGGUGCGGAAGACGUCAUCGAAAAUUGCCGCAACAAAACAGUUCAGGGCGGGUACUCCAAAGUUUCCUUUCUGGGAGUCCAAAACUUCGCGCCUCUGUUCGCUGCGGUGACUCCAGUUUUCAAAAUUCCGAGCAGAGUAUUCGAAGGUGAGACCAGUGUGGCUCGAGGCUCGAGCUGCAUGCCGGAAAUACCGAGAGUCGAGGAGUUAGCUGUCAGGAACGUGACCGGUAGAUCGGCCCGCAUUACGUGGUCCAAGCUGAAAGAGCUCGACGGUGUCCACGGUGCUUACUACCGCCUUGUUCUGAGCACGAAAAUACCUGCAAAGGAAUACGAGGAAAGUGGCACUAACGUGGAGGAAGAGCAGACAGUGGAAGCAGGUGAGAGUUCCGCAGAACGCGACCAUACCAUCGUGCGAGACGUACCUGCGAAUAAAACCAGCUUCGACCUGCUCGACUUGAAACCGUGGACGAAUUACGCCGUCACUGUGAUCCCUGGAGUCACAGCGACCGGAGUGGCCGUAGCAGGAGAAAGCGCCAGUGAAGCCUUCGAAACGCCAGCAGAACCCCCGGGCAAGCCUCGAAACCUCUCCGUGCUGGCACGCGGAGGCGGCCACUACCUGACCUGGCUCGCUCCAGAAUCCUGGAACGGGCCCCGCGGCGGCUAUGAAUGCAGCGUCGCCUGCGUCCAGGACAACGUCAGGGUCAACGGACCCAGUGUCGUUCUUGGGCCCGACACGACGGAGUUCGUGACUCCGAGACUGAGCCCUGGCGCGUCUUGCACUUUAAGCGUCCACGCUUUCAACGUGUACCGCGAAGAAUCCCUGGACGGAGACGUUGCCAGGGUCCGGUUCAAGUUUCCCCAGGAAUGAGGACGCCGUGGCAGCCGAAGACUUCUUCGAGUGACGAAUGAGGAGGCAAUGUCCCGAAACGCGCUCAGUAAUGCUGGACGAUCGUAUUCGCAUGCUGAAUAAAAGGGAAGGGCGUUCAAGAAACGUGAUCUCAACGUUUUGGUGGUUUAUCUUGUCCUUACUCUAAGAAAAAAAUCUGCGUAUGCUUCAAAGAUUCUUCCUGUUUAUUUUUGUUUUUAAAUUCAUUUACCGCAAUAGCAACAGGUGUUUGCAGCUGAACAGUACCGCGCUAUCUUAAAACAUUUUUUCAGAAGUACGACAAUCCGAUCAACUCGUACAUCAGACAUUGAAACUAUAUAAGCGAGUUAUCCCGGCCUUUCACAGUGGUCACAACACCACCUGUCAAAGCAUUAUACAUUUCUAUUAUGUCAGGAAAAAUAGGGGAAACUUGAAAGCGUGCAUCGCUCUAUUGUAAUUUACAAGGGGCGUCUUCUUCCUAGACGCUGUAAAGACAAUUCUUUGUUUAUUCUUGCGCGAGUUCAUGAUGUUAAAUAUAAACUUGAGUUGGUGCCAACGCCUGCGUUCAUCCAGUGACUCUUGCUUACACGAUAUUAACAUGGCCUUAACAAAGUCCAUGCCUCGGUGUUUAAAGUGUGCUUAAGAAUCUGCCAGUUUUGUGUUUUUAUUUUAACCGUCGGAACCUUUUUUAUCAAAAAGGUACUCUAUACACGAUGUAUAGGCACCUAACUUCAACUUUCAUGAAGCUUACUGUAGUUUCUUUAAUUAAAAAACUAUCAGCCCUUCCACUGGGGUGGAUAUGGAAGACCAGCAAAGCUGUACUAUGGUGGGAAUUAUGUAUUUCCAAUUAUGACUAUUAAGAUGUGAUGGUGUAAGAGGUUAUUU